AUGGCCUUCUUCACGAGGAUACCAAACGUUGUCUUCGCUCUUAUGCACUUCCUCGCGUAUGCCAAGUUCGUAGGGAGCCGUGAAUCAGCCAUUCGCAUCGUCCCGACCGUCGCCUGGCAAAGCGUUCUUCUUUCUUUCAACCUCAUAUCCGCAACAACUCCACUCCUCAAAGGCUUCACCCAAGGAUUCAUGACACAAGGAGUAUCCCUAGGAUACUUACGUGAGGGAACAACAGGCGGAGGUAGUGGAAUGUCAGGCGGCAGUUAUGAGCUCAAGUCCCUCACGAAGAGUACUCGAUCGAAGUCGAAGUUCUCGUCGUUGAAGCUGACGCCGUCGGAUGCAUACGCCACCACAACAGUCGAGGGGAACUCCGAAGAAGAUACUCUCCCACCCUCAAGACUAGACCGCUUAAGGGGUCAGGAGAGCUCCAGGAAAUCGACCCUCCCACCCUCAAGGAUGGACUGCAUGAGAGGUCAGCGAGCGGAGCGUGCAUCUAUUGCUAGUCAAGAGUCGCAAAAGAUCAUGAUCAAACAAGAAUGGCAGAUUUCGGCGGCAUAG